UCUACUAGUGAAUGGAAUUUUGGGCAGUCGAAAAAUUCCAAAAACAAAUGCGCGCACACGCAAAAGUGAAAUAAUUAGCAUAAUUUCGAUUCGUAAGUGGCUGUGAAAAAAAAAUCAAAGCUUAUGUUUGAAUAUCACAUUAUUUUUCCUAUUAAGCGAGCGACGUUCGUUUUCUGAAUUCCAAAUGAAGUCAUGAGCAGCAGAUUGUAUGAAAACCAACAGCAAAAGCAACAACAACACUGCAAAGUCAACAGCUAAACAACAAUACAAAAGUCGUUGUCGCGUUAUUACAACAAGAAAAGCCGUAAAAAAAAGUGAAAUUAAGUGCUUAAAAACGCGAGCCAGCAACAGCAGCAGCAACAACAACACACCAGCAGCAACAGCAGCAGUAGCAAAAUGACGUGGUCGCGUCUCGUUUACACAAUAACUCAAAUUAAUUGAAUAUGUUGGCAAAUGAGCAAAACGAAAAUUACGUUAAAAGCCCACAAAUCAAGCGCUUUUAAACGGCUGCUGUUAUUAACAUGGCAGCCGCAUCCGCUGGCCAACAGCUGCAACAGCAACAACAGCAGCAGCAACAGCAGCAGCACAAACUGAACAUUGUUGGCAAUGCGGAAUCGGUUGCUGGCGUGCUGCAGGUCAACGAGUUGCAACAGCACCAACAGCAGCAGCUCAACAUGUACAAGCAACAGCAGCAACAGCAACAGCACCAGCAGCAAUUGUUGCAGCAACAACAACAGCAGCAGCAAUUCUAUCAGCAGCAGACAAAAUUUGUAUCGCGGGUCGUUACAAAUGCCGCAAUGCAGCAGCAACAACAACAGCAACAACAUCAGCAGCAGCAGCAGCAACAACAAAUAUUACCAGCUGGUUUGGUAAAUGGUAGCGCCAACAUGAUGCAAGCCGCAAAUGUUGCCGGGCAGCAACAACAGCAACAAUUGCGCCACAGUCAGCAUAUAUUUGUGUGUCCAGCGAUUGGAUCGCCGAUGCAACACCAACAGCAACAGCAGCAGCAGCAGCAACAAGCUAAGCAGCGUACAGCACAAAUAAAGUUGCCUGUGAAACCAGCAGCAAACACAUCGGCAACUGUUGCUGCCACGCACUGUAUGCCAGCAACAAUUGCAUCGCGUCAAAUGAGUCAGAACAAUCAACAUCAGCAGCAGCAGCAGCAACAACAGCAGCAGCUCUAUGCAAAGAAUGUGGCCAAAGCCAACAAUGCUAACAAUAAUGCAAACAACAGCAGCAGCAGCAACAACAAUAACAACAAUAGCAGCAACAACAUUAACAACAAUAGCAGCAACAACAACAACAACAAUGCAAAUUUGGCUCCAGGCUGGCGUCGACUAACCAACAACAAUGAAGUGGCCUACAUCAGUCCGACGGGCAAAACGCUGCGCACCCAAUUCCAAAUCAAGGACUAUUUGCUAACACAGGGUACCUGCAAGUGUGGCCUGCCGUGUCCGCUGCGGCCGGAAUACUUUUUCGAUUUUAAUGCUCAGGUGCCCAACAUGCCAUUAAAGGUGUCGCCAGGCAGCAGCCAAGAGGCGAUUGUGGCGCUCUGCUCACACCAGCGGCACCUGCUCGACGGAGAGCAGUUGCACAAUCCGCAGCCUGUCAAGGAUUUAAUGAUGGCGACGACAAUGUCGAUGGCGAAGGCAACAGCAGCUGCUGUCGCUACGGCCAGUGAUGCGUUUACUGCGUUGAUGGCAACAACAACAACAACAACAACAGCAGCAACAGCAUCUGCUGCAUCAACAACGGCAACGGCAACAACGACAACGGCGACAACAACAGCAGCAACAGCAACAGCAACGACAGCAUCAACAGCCACAUUAGAGUUGGCCCACAAAGACGCUGAUUGCCACAAAUAUGGCAGCAGCAGCAACAACAGCAACAACAGCAGCUAUAAGCUGGCCAACAGGGCAACAGUUCCAGCUCCAGUCACAGUCACAGCCACGCCCAUAUCCACAAACACGGCCGUCAUGCAAACUAGUCAAACAAUGGGCAUGGAGAGCGCGCCAAAGCGAACAGCAGGAGCUGCCCCUGCUCCUGUUUCUGCUCCUGGUCUGCUACCAGUCGCAGAGUCGGCCGCAACAGUUCCAGCGCCUGUGAUAAAGGCCGUGACAACGGUUUCUACGCCUGCUCCUCCUCAUCCCACAGCCCAGCAGCAGCAGCAGCAGCAGCAGCAGCCCAACUUCAAGGAUGAUCCCGCAGGCUACUUGCAGCAGCAAACGACGCUGCUGCACAAUACGCUGGGUGCGGGGCUGGAUGCCAAGCCAGCCACGGGCAACGCCACGGGUACUGCCACGGCCCGUGCGCUGCCCCAGGAGCCCAUUGUGCACAGCUCCCAGCAACAGCAGCGUCGAGGCAUUCGUCGUCUCUCGAUGCUCACGGGCGGCAAAUGGGAGGUGGACCCAAGUGCGCCGCGUUCGCUGCACGUCGACACGGCAGCGGCAUUCGCGCGUCCACAGAAGCCACAGAUCACCAGCAUAACGGUGGUGCCGGCACCCCAGGAGUCGCCAGUAUCCAGCAGCGGGCCCGAGGCAGAGAAGCGCCCCGAGCAAGUGGGCGCCAUCUCGACGAGCCACGAGAGUCCGCGUCACAGUCUCUCCCCGCCCACUGAUUCGCUGGACUCGUGCAAGAGCACGCCCAGCGCCUCGCCCAAGCCGCAGCAGGCGCAAAUUCAAAUGCAGAUGCGUCAGCCCCAGCCCCAAUCCCAGUCCCAGUGCCAGGUGCAAAGCCAACCAGCAGCGGCCCAGCCCACAGCUCAGCUGCGACUGCUGCGGCAGCAGUGCCAGCCCGCAGUUGGCCCGGCCCAUAGGCAGUCGAUGGCCAAUAACGGGGCAGCCACGCUGACGCGCAGCAUUGUGACGACCACGGCGGGCAUCAGUCGACCGGGCGGCACUACGCUGAGCAGCGGGAACGCAGCUGUGGCGCAGCUGCAGUCCAUGGCGAACAACAGUGGCGGCGGCAACCAGCUGAUCAUGACCUCCUCUGGCCAGCUGCUGGUCAUACCCAGCGCUAGCAAGCAGCAGGCAGCUGCUGCACAGCAGGCUCAGCGGCCGGCGCAGGCAGCCCAGCUGCAUGCCCAGCCAGGCGGCGGGUAUAUCGUUAGCCAGCCGUCGUCGAUACUUAAUGCUGGCGGGGCUAAGCUGCUGCAUCAUCAGAUCAUCACCUCGCAGGCCAGCCAAAUAAGUCAGAUCAGUCCGGCGGGCACGGCGGCGGCGCCACAGACGGUGCUGCUCAACACGUUGCCCAAUGGCGGCUACAUCGUCCAUCACCAGCAGCAACAGCAGCACCAGGAGCACCAUCAACCGAUGCUGGGCAUGCCACAGCCAGCGGCACCCAUUAUGACGUCGCCCGAGGCCAAGCGGCGGCCACGCAAGCGCAAGACCUCUGUCUGCAGCACACCGCCGCCGCCUUUGGUCUGUGGCGUGGGUGGCUCGCCGGCGAAGACGCACUCGCCCCAGAUCUCGCCCAGCAUACCCAGCCAGGCGCCAGCUCUGCUGCAGCAAGCGGCCAAUGCCGCUGCAGUGGCAGCGCCCGCAGCUCCUGCGCAGUUCUCGCAGCAAUUCCAGCUGAGUCCGGGCAUUCAGGGCAUUGUGGUCAACAAACCGGCGACGGCUGCAGCUCAGCCACAGCAGCUGCUGCUCCAGAAUGGUCAGAUUCUGCAGCAGGUGAAUCUCAUUGGUCAGCAGCUGCUUAUGCCAGCGGGCCUGGUCAUGGGUCCGGACGCCACUUUGCUGCAGAUACAAAACAUGCCCACGACGAGUCUGCUCACCCAUCAGGGGCAGGUGAUGCUGCGCACGCCCUCGCCACAGAACAAGCCCUCCUUCAUCUCGCCCAGCACCGGUGGCCAGCAGUAUAUUGUGGGCGCCAAUGGGCAGCUGAGUCCCAUUGGCCAGAUCUAUUCGACGCCCAUGGGCCUGGUCAUGCCAACGGGUCAGCAAAGCGGCGCCUCCUUUGUGCAGGCCAGUCCCACGGCCACCAUACAGAUUCAGCAGCAGCCGCAGCCGCAGCAGGCACCACCACAGCAGCAGCAGCAGCAGCAGCAUCAGCAUCAGAUCAGCCUGCAGCCACCGCAGACGACUGGCUACGUAACGGAUCCACACAGCAAUCGGCAAGUGACUGCCGCCAGUCCGCCGGACACCACCACGUGCAGCCCGCGCAGCCCUGAGCGACCGCCCAGCCACCGGAGCAGCGGCAGCGGCGACAUGGUGCAGUGCGUCUCUAGCUCGGAGCCGGAUGCGGCUAUUUCGCCCCAGAGCGCUGAGAGUCGGCAGUCGCCCUCAUCGACGGAUUGUGAGCGGACCAUCUGCAGCAGCAACUUGUUUAGCCAGCCCAGCAGCAUCUAUAAGCCAACGGAUGCAAAGAUUCGGCGCAUUCACAUCACGUCGCAGCAGCAGGCGUCGACGGAGAGCAACCACACUGUGGGACUUAUGGGCCAAGGUAUGCGACUGACUAGCACCACAUCCCUGUCCAUCUCAUCAUCAUCGUCAUCGUUAGCGUCGGCAACAAUGUCAACGCCAUCAAUAACCACAGCGGCAUCGGGUCGCCAAGUCAUGCACCACCAACACCACCAACAUCACCAACAGCCCCUAACCUCCAAUAGCCAUCAAAGCGUCUAUGUCCAUAAUCACAAAGUAGUUAGCGUUGACUACCAGGAGUCGCCCACAACCACGCAGCUGCCGCCCAUUUCGGAUGCACCAGCGCCCAGUGAAGCUGCACCACCCAAAGCCAACUGCCGCACACCCACGAAACGGGCACGCCGACUCCACCGCACACUGGCCAGAAAUUCGCCAAAUGGUGUGGCUCUGUUGCCACCGCGAACAUUCGCCAUUGGUGAGCUGAUUUGGGGGCCGGCGCGUGGGCAUCCCGCCUGGCCCGGCAAGAUAGUCAAGAUGCCCGACGGUGUCUGCACACCGUCGCAACAAUUCGACCACGUGUGGGUGCAGUGGUUCGGCGGCGGCGGCCGAUCCACCUCCGAGCUAAUCCCGGUCAACCUAUUGCAGAGCCUUUCCGAGGGCUUGGAGGCGCACCACAAGGCGCAAAAGGAUACCAGAAAGAGCCGCAAACUGAACUCGCAACUCGAGCGGGCAAUACAAGAAGCAAUGACUGAGUUGGAUAACAUUUCAGCCUCGGCAACCGCAACAUCCACGCCAGCAUCCGCAGUAAUUGGCCAGCAGCUGCAACAGCCACAGCAGCCGCAGCAUCCCACAUCCACGAACAGCACUAGCAAUGGAGUGGUGCGAGGCAAGCGCACAGGUGCAGGAAUGCCGACUGGACAGACGAGCAUUGGGGGUGCAAGCGUGACGCUGACCGCAAGCACAGCGGCCACACUGAGCGGCCUCUUCAGUCAGCAGCGUGCCAAGCCCAUACGCAUAGCGCCCGCUCCGCCGGCUCCAACGGGUGUACCGACAGCAGCAGCUGGAGCAAGUCCGGAGAUCCUGAAGCUGGCCAAAUGACCAGCGCUGUCGGCGUUGCCGUCGACAGUCACCACAGCAAACUAUACGCUCGUCAUUGGCCAUAAGUAGAAGCAACUAUCAACAGUAUAUAUUCAGAUAGAUAUAUACUAUAUAUAGAUAUAUAUUCAUAUAUACGUAUGUGUAGUUAGAUGUCAGCCCCAAACUGUCUAUAAUUUUCUAUCGAAUUACGACUCUGCUUAGUUGCGCCUGUGCGGCGUUGCCACAUCUUUGAAAUAGACAAUAAAACAAUAUUAAAAUGUUAACGGAAACGAAGUUACAAAACGGACGAAGGAAACUUAGAGAAAGAGAGCGAGAGAGAUAGAGAGAAUGGUUGAACAAUAAGCAAGGAAUAGUUUUCGUUUGCUUACGCUAAACUCAGUUGUUUUUUUUUAAAUGUGUAUAUACUAUAAUAUAGAUGGAUCAGACGAACAUACCUAUUAUUGUCAUUUUAUUGAACAGAUUGUAAAUGUUUAGGUACAUAUUUAUUUAUUGCGUAUAAACCAUAGUUUGCAUAGGUUUUUUGUUUUCGUUGCAAUCUUUAGACUUAACUUUUAUUUUUAUAUAUUUAGCUAGCAUAAGCCGAAUUUUAGCCAUUAAGUUCUAAUGCAGCCAAUUAAUGCACAUUUCGAUGUGUUUAUUGUUUUCUUUUUUGCCUAAUUCAUCAAAUUCUUGCAGAAGAAACAUUGUAAUCAAAAGCAUAUAACUGAUACUAUUUCUAACUCCGAGAUACUUAUUGAAUGGGAAAUAUCAAUGGAAAUAUUUAAGUUGAAGCAAGCAAACAUCACUCGAAGCACACAGCUAGCAACUUAGAGAACAAAAAAGGAAAAAAAAAAAAAAAGAGAAUUAUAUUUAUAAAUUGUUAUUAUUUAUUUAGUUGAAACUAAUUGUAAAAUUCUAGAAAACAAACACAAGAAACAAGAAAAAACAAAUUGACAUUUAAACACGUAGCGAAAAUCCACUAAAAUGAACAAAUAAAUGCUAAAAUAUUCCCGAAAA